AUGUCCGUCGCACAGGUAGUCCCCAUCGACGAAACUACCUUUGGCCUCCUGACCUACCUCUUCCGGCAGGGCGGCUACUUUGACGAAAUGGAGAAAGUCGCAAUUGCAGCCCUCUUCUGCCCGCGGCCCGAAGACCUCGAGUUCUUCAUAAACAACAUCAUCCUCCCAAGCGCUGAGUCCGCGUUUUUGGACUUCGAAGCAAUGUGGACGCUCAAGAACGACAACCCCAAGCUCGUGACGCACGCAGCGCACGCGUUUCUCGACGUCGUACGCCAUGGACUAUUCGAGCAAUGGGGAUACGCCAGUCAGACGCAGAGCGCGCAGGAUAUGUUGCAGGCGCUCUGUGUGUAUCUGCAGGUAUUCUUCGACGCGGAGGAGUAUAUGGGGCCGGAGUAUAGGUGGGAGUUGUGUGGCAGCAUGCAUGACGAUCUAAGGGGGAAACUCCUCGACACUGCGGGACAUGGGUUGGACGCUGUUGUACCGGAAUUAUUGGGGGCACAGACACAACUGUCUUGGCAGUUGCUCGGGUUGGCAUCUGAUAGGGAGGGGCUUAACAAGAUGCUUGAGAGGGCGGCGACGGUUCAGUGGAUGUUUCUCGAUGCGCAGCGGGUGUGGGCCUCCCAGACAGAGGCCCAGGCAUAUAGUGGUGGCUCUUCGGUGAGCCAGGGGAUGAGUGUGCAGCAGGCACAGGAGCGCCUGGAGGGCAGGUUGCUAGAGUGGGAGGAGUAUAUCUGGCACUGUCAGAGUGCGUGA